AUGUCAGAUUACUUGCCUUCCGAUCUACACCUCGAGAUCCUCAAACGCCUCCCUCUCAAUUCCAUUCUCCGAUGUUCUACUGUCUGCAAAUCAUGGAAUUCCCUCAUCUCAAGCAAUGAUUUCAUCUCCGCGCACCAGAAUUUGAUCAAAUCGAUCAACGGCGACGGAACUCAGACGCUAUUGGUCAGGUAUUUCGAUCGAACACAUAAAAUCGAGAAAUACAUUAUAGGAAGAGAUGAUGAAACUUUCGGAUUGCAGUUUUCUGAUAUCGAGUUUCAAUAUGCGAGCACAACUGCAUAUUUUAGGGUUGUCGGUUACUGUGAUGGAGUUGUUUGUUUGAGUGAUGACUUGUUUGAUUCCACGUAUAUGGUUAUUCUAUGGAACCCGUCGAUUAGAAAAUCCGUACGGGUUUUAGUUCCGAAUUAUGAACAAACCUGGUCUCAAGGGACUGUUUUGGGGUUUGGCGUUUGUCCAAGGACGCAUGAUCCUAAAAUUGUGAGAAUCGUGUGUGUGAAUGACUUCUCAGUGCCGCAUAUGGUUAGAAUUCAAGAUCAUUCAUCGGUAGAGGUUUUUUCACCCGCAUCAGGUGCUUGGAGAAAACAUUUCGGUGUUAAUCAUUAUCGUCCACAUAAAAUGAUUCAAAUCACUUGGUCUCAGAUUUGCUUUAAUGGAGUUAUACAUUGGAUUGCUUGUGAUAAACAACUUGAAUCUAAUCUUCGUUGUUUGAUCAUGUCGUUUGAUUUGGUCCAUGAGGUGUUUGCGGAAAUGCCACUACCAGAUGCCUUAGCUCGUCAACAUGUCUCAAAGUUAUCGAUCAGUAAUCGCAAAGGAUAUCUUACAGUGAUGGAGUAUGAUAUGGAAAAAGGGAAGGAAUCUUGUGGUGUAUGGGUUAUGAAGGAGUAUGGUAUGAUGAGAUCGUGGGAAAAACUAUUCAUGAUUCAUCUACCUGGUUUGUUGAGAAAGCCGGUAGGGUUUCGGAUGAAUGGGGAUAUGGUGGUGGCAAUGAAGAACAACGAGUUGGUUUCGAUUGAAUGCAAUGGGAACAUCAAGAGUCUUAACCUAUAUGGGAAUAUACGCUCUUACUUCCUAGGGUUAUUCAUGGAAUCCCUAAUUUUAGUCGAUAAGCAAGAUGGACAGUUGUACAUUGUUAAUGGCGAUGGUGACGAUGGCAACACUUAGCUUGUGCAUGCAUGGAGGGACCAAGGAUAUUGUGGUAUCUAUCUCAAGAUUUUUAUAUUUGAACCGUGAAAUAGUGUGACCAUUUUCAAAUUCCUUAAAGAUUGUAACAAGCUUUGAUUAUACGAAAGUAUGAUCAUCUUUAUGAGAUAUAAUGCAUGUUGCC